GUAGCGCAGUAGUUCCGGAUUACCCUCCAAGCGCGCCGCCAACCCGCGUAGUCCUGUGACCGCGUCAACUGUUCGCGCCGACGGACGACGACGAGAUAUUUCGCGCGAUUUCCAUAUCCGUUUGCCAUUCGAAUAAAAUUCCUCCGUCGUCUAUCGUUACUAUUAUUUAUUUAUUUAUUUAUUUUUUUUGAUUUCGUAUUUCGCACGGUUUCGGUCGUCCGUCCGGUCACAGUGUAGUUGGUAUUUACGUGCCGUUGUGAAUAAUACGCCGUGUGCGAUCCCGCGCGGUGUCCGAGUGCGAGUCGGGUUUUAGCGUUUCACGAAGUCGGAUGUGUGUGUGUGUGUGUGUGUGACUUGUUUUUAUUUCGUCGGAUUGUCGAGUUCGGUUAUUUUUCAAAAAGUUUUUGUUCAAACGGAUUAUAAUAUUAUUGUACUUGACAGAUUUUGAAUAGGACCGAACAGCCAAAUUUACCGAUGCCGGUUUCCUGAUUGUGGUCAAUAGAUACUCAGUCGAUUAAGAAAUACAGAUAAAUAGUACGAGUACCAUACAGUUCAAAAAGCAAUACGUUAUUGAUACACUUAUAAUGCACAUCAGGGAUUCAGGGAUUGGCGUUGUAUCUAGAACGAAUUAGCAGUGACUCUGAAAAUAGUAGUAACAACUUUUGAAGACAAUUAUUGAAAAUACGUACGGUUUUUGGUAAACGCUAAAACCUUUAUAACUAAGGUACAAAAUAACCUUAUACCGCAGUGUAACAAAAAGUGGCGUUCGGUAUGUCAGCGUACGACCACAGAGGCAUCCUAUACCGUACGUGAUCGCCGCGAGUGUCCGCCGGUAUGGUGAAACAGCCGAUGAUCAAAUACAAUACUCUGAUUAUUCCACAAACGCCUAGUAUACCGCGACCGCGGUCAUGGAAUAUGGUGACAACGUGUUCAACCACACCCCCGCGUCAGUCGUUACGUCACUCGAUCACCGGAACUCACUGUACCGGUUGAACGCUAUGGACAACGGCACCGACCCCACGGUCCAACAGGUGACCGGCGACAUGAUGGACUGGUCCGAUUACGUGUCGGUAGCGCUGAAAACGUCGAUCAUGGCCAUCAUUAUACUGACGUCGAUUGGCGGCAACCUGCUGGUGAUCGUGUCCGUGGCCCGUCAUCCCCGGCUGCGGGUGAUCACCAACUACUUCGUCGUGUCGCUGGCGUUUGCCGACAUGCUGGUGGCCAUCGUGGCGAUGACGUUCAACGCCAGCAAGCUGAUCAGCGGCAAAUGGAUUUUCGGGUACUUCAUGUGCGACGUGUGGAACUCGAGCGACGUAUACUUCUCCACCGCGUCCAUACUUCACUUGUGCUGCAUCAGCGUGGACCGGUAUUACGCCAUCGUCAAGCCGCUCAAGUAUCCGGUGCUGGUCACCAAGCGGCUGGUGGCGUUCCUGCUGCUCGUCACGUGGGUGGCGCCGGGCAUCAUCGCGUUCGUGCCGAUCUUCUACGGUUGGUACACCACCGACGAGUAUCUGGCCUACCGGAUGGCACAUCCGGACGACUGCGACUGGGUGGUGAAUAAAGUGUACGUGAUCGUGUCGUCGUCCAUAUCAUUUUGGAUACCCUGCACUAUCAUGUUAUUUACGUACCACGCAAUAUUUAAAGAGGCGAACCGUCAAGAAAAACAGAUACACGCAAGGAUAAGUUGUGGUCAGCAGAUAAACUACAACAGAGAGCUGGCCGAAAACCAGCUGCGAUCGAACGGCGCGGCAAACGGGUCGUCGUCCAGGACUACGCUGGCGCCCAACGAUCACCACUCGACUCCUUCCCGGGACAAUAGGAACAUCAUCAAAAUGAAACGGGAGCACAAGGCGGCCAGGACGCUAGGCAUCAUCAUGGGCACGUUUAUCGUUUGCUGGCUUCCCUUCUUUUUGUGGUACGUUAUCACGACGCUAUGCGGUGAGGCGUGCAACAUAUCGUCAUCUGUGGUGGCCGUGCUCUUUUGGAUCGGUUACUUCAAUUCGACGUUGAAUCCACUUAUCUACGCAUACUUCAACCGAGACUUCCGGGAAGCAUUUAAGAACACACUGCAGUGUGCGUUCUGCAACCUGUGCCGGAGUCCACCGUCCGACCUAGAAGCGCUUGACGCACGGAGGCCGUCACUCCGGUACGACGACCGCACACGCAGCGUGUACUCCGAAACGUACCUGAACCACUGCGACAGACGUCGGUCCAGUCAAUUUGGCAGCAGCUUAUGAUCCACCGUACCGCCAAGACCCCGGCAUCAAAUAUAGAGCUUUUUCCGCACACCCCUAGCCAAAACCUGCACCGAAAUCCAUCCCUCGCCCCUAAAAACAAAAAGGGAUAAAUCGAAAAACAGUUGCCACAAUUUUUAGUGUAAACGAAACUCGUUGCGUUGUCGUAUAAAAUAAUGUGAUUGAUUAUUGAUGAAUAAUAACAAUAUUAUGCGGCUUGGAUUGUGUUGUGUACUUGGUGACUGCUCGGGAAAUAUGAAUAAAUACUUUGGUUUUUUUCUAAUGUCUAAAAUCAAAUUAAGGAAUUUAAUUUUUUUAUGGCUGUUUGCAAUAUUAAUUUAAAAAAAAAAAACAAAUCUCUUAAAAAUUCAGAGGUAAUAAUACUUGUACUUGGUUCGUGAUGAAAUAAUCAUCGUGCGAUAUAGGUACAAAUAUUUGCGUACAUUUAUAGACCAAUUCCUUCUCCUUUGCAACUACCUCACAACAGAGUGCUAUAAAAAUAAUUGAUAUUCACCCGACGGUGUAUCGUCGCUGUCAUAUAAUUUUACUCAAUUAUGUUCUGUGUCGAUGUAUCUUUACUGAAAUCACCACCCGUCGCGCAAGUUCACCACAAUGACUCGAACGAUAUUGUAUUAUUAUUAUUAUUAUUAUUAUUAUUAUUUAUAACGUAACGACAUAAUAAUGAUACUGUACGAUAUUUCUGAUGUUGUUUGUAUUUUUAAUCAAGGUGAAUAAGCUAAAAUAAUUAUAGCAAUCAUUUUCGGAUUCUGUUUUCUGCAUUUUUUACGAUCACAUUAUCAUUUAGUCGUCGACAAACGCUACAGCUGUUGAGUUCACUAUAAUGUUAGGUAUAUUGUAGAUGUGCCUACGUGAAAACGAAAAGACGUGUCAAUGUUGCGCAUUAACAUUAAUAUUAAAUGCAAUACAAUAAUAAUCAUAUUUUGAUUUUAUAAGUUUUUAUAUAUUUAAAAAAUAAUGUACUCGUCGAGUGUAAUACAUGCAGAGUUUAGUUUUAUUUAUGUUCGCUUUUAUUUUAAAGAUAUAAUAUAAUAUCGUUAUACUUUUCUAUAAAACAAAUAAAAAAAAAAACAACAGUAGGAUUUAUACUCCUAUUAUAAACAACACGAGCCACAACAUUUUAAAUGAAAGUAUUUGUUGAUAAUUUUAUUAUCAGAAAAUAAAUUGUAUAGUUUCAUGAAUCGUAGAAAAUAGCAAAUGAUGAUGUACUAAAGCAAUGUGUUUUUUUUAGUGAAUUCUACCUUCUUUUUGGAAACUGUAUCAAUUCAAAUAGUAUGUUAACAUUUAAUCAAUUUACGAUUGAAUUCCCGGUUAAGAACAAUAACAAACAAGACUGUAUAAUUUCGUUUUCGUCUUUGUUACUAUAUAACCUAUUAGUUUUAAAACAUAUGUAAUAAUAUUGUAAUAUAACAGUCUGUUGUAAACUAUUGAGGACAUAGUUGUUAUAAUAUAAACGAUCACUAACUUUUUUAUUGUUUGUUUAUUUCGAUAUUGUUUAUUACUAUUAAAUAGAUUCACCAAUACUA